CUUUGGAAAAAAAAAGUGACCUAUGCCUCUGGUCUGAAACCCUCCUUUUUAAGGGAGAGAGAUGCCGAAAAAGAGGGAAUCUUAUGUAAAUCAUUUGCCAUUUAAAGGUUAUUCAUCUAUCUUUAAUGAAUUCUAUUUAAAAGAACUAAAUUGAAGAUGCCUUAUUGUGAAAAUUAAGCUAAGUCUUUGGGACAUGGUUAAAAAAAAAAACUAGCAAGUGAAACAUGCAAUAAAAAAAACUGAAAUCAACAGAAGAGGCAUAUACUAUAUUCCAUGAUGGUGGUGAUCAUUUUCACAGAUCCUAAGAGAAAACAGAGAACAACUGGAUACCUUUAUCCAUCUUUGAUGACAAGGAAAAUGGAAAAACUCAGGAGAGCAAGACUGAAACUACAGAUUUAUUGAAAGUUUUGCGGAUUGUAAUCCCUUGAAAUAGGACAGAUAUUGAAUCAUUUCAUUUGGAAGGCCUAGUGGAUGCAAAUUCUACAGUAGAAUCCAUGAACAUCAGCAGAGUAUCUAAAUAACUAUACUUACGUUUCGUUUCUGAAAAUAUUAAAGAAAUUAGAAUGGAAAGAAAUCACAAGUUAUCUAUCCCAGUUAGUGCAGAAGAAGUGGAAUAUAGCACAAGCAAAGCAUUCAUAGGACCUAUUUACAAAAGUCCUGAGGAAAAUAAAGGAGAUAAAAGAAAACAUCACACACAAAAAAUCACUGGUGGACUGGAAAACAAACAGAGCCUUUCUUCUAAUAAACUGGAUAUAGACAAUGAGUUAUCUCAGUUUUACAAAGAAAUUCAGGAGCUUGAGAGUGAAAAAGAAGAUUUGGAAGGCAGUUGCCAGGAAUUUAAACCCCCUCAGGAACAAUUUAGUUUGUGUGAUCAAGGCCUUUACAAUGAAAACUUAAAAUCUGAUGAAGAAAAGAAAGAUUCUUGGUUUAGUACUAUACAAUCACCUCCUGGUGUUGAGCAAUAUUUUAGUAAGGAGCCAGUUGGUUGGAAUACUGAAUAUGCAAUUAAUGGACAAGUAGAACCUACAUUUUUAAACAACCCAAUUCCUUCUUUUAGGCCAGAAUGGCUACCAUUGGAAUCCUCUUUAGUUCCUCAUGGCCUUUUUCCUCCUGGGUUCAAUUAUCAUUUAAAUGUUCAAAGAUUUAACCCCUCUCCAUCUCCACCACCAAAUGUUUUUCAUGCUCAAGAUGUUAAAUUAUGUGAAAUGUACAAUGGAUAUAAUGUAAACAGUGGCAACACAAAUUGGAAUUGUCCAACAUUUGAUCAGCUUAACAGAUAUUCUGAUUGUGAUGGGAGUAAUAGUAGCACACAGGCCUCUAGAAAUGGAUGCAAUGAGCAAGAUGGACGAGAGAGUAAUGGUUUCUGUGAAACAAGAGAAGAAUCUUGGGAAGACCCUUCUCUAUUCCAGAUGGAAAAAACAGACAGGCUUUUAAACCAGCAGUUCCAUGAGGAAAAGCUAAAGAGGCUCCUUAUCCUUUUAAGAGGUCUGCCUGGAUCUGGGAAAACAACACUGUCUCGUGUUCUGCUUGGUCAGAAUCGUGGUGGCAUCGUCUUCAGCACUGAUGAUUACUUUCGGCAUCGAAAUGGGUACACAUAUAAUGUUAAACAACUUGGUGAUGCUCAUGACUGGAACCAGAGCAGAGCAAAGAAAGCUAUUGAUCAGGGAAGAUCUCCAGUAAUAAUAGAUAACACUAAUACUCAAGCUUGGGAAAUGAAACCAUAUGUGGAAAUGGCUAUAGACAAAGGAUACCGAGUGGAGUUCCAUGAACCUGAAACAUGGUGGAAAUUUGAUCCUGAAGAAUUAGAAAAGAGGAAUAAACAUGGGGUGUCUCGUGAAAAGAUUGCUCAGAUGUUGGAUCACUAUGAAUUUAAAAUGUCCAUCUCUAUUGUAAUGAAUUCAGUGGAACCUCCACAUAGAAGGUCUGAGAGGCUUCGAAGACAGAGGGAAGAAAUUUUGAAGAAAACCAGACAGAAACCCAGCAAAGCAAGUCAGAGGAGAAACAGGAGAAGAAAUAGGAAACUGAAGAAUAGUCAUGAUAGAUCUAUGGAGAAAGAAUCACAUGUAACCUUAAAUCAUCCCAUGCCAGAGGAUGAGGGCACAUCUGAAAGUGAAGGACAUUACUCAGAAGAAGAGAAUUGUGGAAACUCAGUAUCCAUGUCCAUUGGAGAUCUGGGACGUACAUCAACAGGUUCUAUAAAUGAACGCAAUGAAGAAAGUAGUAAAAGCCUAAAACCUGAAUUUGGAAAAGACAUUCUUUCUGAUACUCAAUCUGUCAUGACUGUCACUUUGGAAAGUCCACCAAGGUGUGACUCACCUGUAGAAAGUGACAACUUGUAUCAGUUAAGUUUGACAUCCAUUCCUCAUGAAAAUCUACUCGGACACAUGUUUAAUCAUCAGACAAUGGCUCAGAACUUUGUAGGAAGACAGAACAAUCCCUGUGGACCAAAUGUGGAAUGUUCUAAGAUGAAGGCUGACGGUGACACUGAACUGAGUCACUCUGUGGUUGUUGGCCUUAAGGAUAGAAUGAUGCCCGCUAAGGCCACUCGCGUUCCUACAGAAAAGGAUAGCAUGUCCUUUGAAAGACCCAGUGACAAAGAAAUUCUGUCUAAUCAAUGCAAACUUGACACUUCAUAUGAAAAUGUAAAAGAUGAACCCAGAAUCAAUAGGAAUCAAACAAAUCAUUGGGCGUUUUUCUCGGCCACAUUAUCUGAUGAAAAACUGGAGUGGGACGUGGACGCACCGCCCUCUCUUGCUGGUUGGCCUGGCGGGCCUCCUAACUUUAUAAAUCCACAGAGACCCAAGAAAGCGAGAUGUUCCAAACAGACUCCUCCGGACAGGGCCGGGGAACUGAUGAGACUUGGGCACGGAUCUGAAGACACAGAACCAGAAAACCAUCUGCAAGCCUUGAUGGAGAAGGCUGAUGCGUUUAGAAAUGAGGACCUGGCCUCUGCUCCAACUAAAACGACAGACCUAACUCCAUUCAUAGCAACAGAAACUAACGUCCUCAGAAGCCGCUUGCCUGAAAGACAUGCCCAAAGGAAGACCCCAGCAGUAAUUACUAAGAAGGGAAGAGUUAGAAGGAUUUUUAAUUUGGCUCCAAAUUUUCACCUGCCGAGACUAACUGUGGUUAGUGUAGAAGAGAGGAAUAGAGAUGUUCUGUUAGCUGAUAAUCACACAUUUAGAAACAUUUUGAUUGUAAAAAAUGAUAGAAUUCCAGAAGCGAAUCAUGAAGAGAAGAAUGAGCACGAAGGGAUCACUCUCCAAAAUGAUCCAUCACGAUUUAACCGUGAUUCUUCCAUAAGUCUUGCAUGUAAUCCUGGAGGAGAAUUUCAGUCUCAUGAUGUAUCAUUCUGUCAGUGGAGACAGUCUAUGUAUUUUCCUCAAAGGGCUGUUUUGAAACUUUUCUUUACAACGGAGAAAAGAAUUCCGACGUUUAAAUCGCAGGCAGUAGGGAAUAGGCUGAAUGAGGUAGAACUAAUUUCUUUGGGAAUCUCAUAUCACCAGCCUGAUAUUAUAUUAUCUGCUAAAGUUAAUUCUGAUCAUUCUGGUUUUGCCUUUGAUAUUUUUUCUGGAAGUUUUGGUGCUCCUGUUCACAAAAGAAAUGAAUCUGAGUCAUUACGAUGUUUACAAGCUGAAGACAGUAAAGAUUCCCUAGGUGUUAUCCCUAAUUCCUUUGGACUGCCUUUAUCACAGAGAUUUGCUUUCCAACUUGUAAAUCUAUUUGGAUCUCCUGGAGUUCCAUUAGAGUCUUUGUUGCUUGAUGACUAUGUAGUUGCCCUUGACUGGAAAACAUUAAAGAUGAUCUAUUCACAAUGGAAGACUUCAGUUGAGCACUUUGAGCUCCAUGAGGACAGGAACCAUGACUUAUCUAAACUUUGUAUCUCCCCCCGCAUGCAGCACAGUGCUCUGCACACAGAACGGCAAAAGAAGAUUAGAAAAGAAAAUGAAAAUUCCUUGAGUGUUGAUGUCACUAGCCUUCCUGAUACUGAGAAACCUGAUCAGCAAGAAAGUCAAGGACAUUGUAAAACACUGUCAGAAACAAACUUUUCCAAAAUUGAUACAAAGGAUAAUUUCCAAGAUAUUGCAAGUCUUAUUUUGGAUACCACAUCCAGCCAUUCUUGAAGAGUUAUUUGAAUAAAAUGCUACAUCAAAGAGAAAGCUUCCUUAGACCUCUUCAGAGCUGAGACCAUGUCUGGAUUUUUGUUCCUCAUUUUCAUUUGUCUAAAGUUAAUCUAACUGAAGACUGUAUUUCUUCAUUAGUAAUACUUUAUAAAAGGCUUUGCUCAUUUCCUUCCAUUUAAGAAAAGAAAAAAAGCCAGAGGGCUGUUUUGAUAUUAAAUAGAAAACAAGUUCUCCGAGGAAGGUACCUGGGAUUUCUGAUAGACCACAGGCUUAAUAAUAAUCAGAAGUACAAUAUGACAACCCCAAAAAACCCAAAUGUGAUCUUAGAUGGCAUUAGCAGUGGUGGUUCCCUUAAAUGGCUAUAUCUGGAAUAUUAUAUUCAGUUUGGGGGAACAUGUUUUAUGAAGGGUACUGAUAAGUGGAAAGAACCUGCAAAAGUGUGACCAGGAUGGUCAGGGGCCUCAAGAUCGUGCACCCUUUAUAGGUCAUCUCUCUGCAUUCUGACUCUUCUUCUAGCAUUAGAGCUAUUUGGGGAAGCAAGAUGAUUCAUCUGGCAUUUUAGCCAUCUUCCUCAAAUUCAUGUUCGCUGCAGAUUUUGUAAACAUGCCGUCUUUGUCUUCCUAUUAGUCACUCUUAAAAAUGUUCAGUAGAAUCAGGCUAAGGAGGGAGCACUUCCAGUUGACAUUGAUCCCAGUUGACAAUGAUCGUUCUUUUGGUCCUGUCAUUAAAGCAGUUAUGAAUCCACUCAAUUACAUUAUAAUCCUCUCCAUCUUGUCAACAAAGACUUGUGGGUCUUUAUCAAAUGCCUUAAUACAAUUGAGUUAAUCUAUGUAUAUUUUAUUUCUCUGAUCUUUCUGUCUGAUAACUCAGUCUUGGGAGGAAAUGAGAUGAAAAGUGCCCUGUCUAGAUAAGGUUUGGGGUAUUCAAUUCAGGGUGCUACAUUUUAGGAAGAAUAUCAGCCAGUUGGAGAUAGCACAGCAUAGUGGAUAAGGACCUUAUCUCAAAAUCAGGAAGACUCGGUUCAAGUUCUACCUCCAACUUUGUGACGCUGGGAAGGACAUUUAACCUCUCAGGAAUCUGGGCAGUUCUGUAAGAUUAUCAAUUGAAGAGGUGGUCCUGACCUACUUUGGUAGAGUGAGUUUUCUCUCUUCCUAUGAAGUCAUAGGCACAGUCCCUAUCCUCAACUUAUUGACAAGUUGGACCAUUUUCAUUGGGGUGGGGGUGGGAAGAUGACCAGAACAGAAAUGGGACAGGACACCUUGUUAUAGAAGGGCUGCUUAGAUUGGGGGAGAGAAAGUUUGGGGUAGGUAUGUGGACAUGAAAGCUGUCUUCAAAUCAUUUGUCCUACAUGGCCCCAGUGGGCAAAAAUAGAAUAAUGGAUGCAAGAUACAGAAAGGCAGAUUAGGGGGAAGAUUUCCCUGUAUAGGAGGGCAUUAAACAAGACUCCUUUUUGGAAAUGUUGUAGAGAGAAUUCAUAAUCAGAUACAGUCUGGACUAGCUCACUCUUCCAGCUCUGAGAUUCUGUGACAUAGAGUAAAUAUGAGGGCUUUUUCUUAGUGAACCUACUCAUCCUUAGUGCUUACAUGUCUCUUUCCAGAUGAUCACAAACCAUCUGUUUAAUAAUCUGUUUUAGAAUUUUGAUGAGUUUGGGCAUUAAGUUCAUAGGUAUAUAAUUUGAAAAAUCUAUUCACCUAUGUUCUUGCAAAUCAGUACUUUAUUUGCCCUUUUAGUUUUCUCACCCUUUUUCUUCUUUCUCUUUUCUUUCUUUCUUUUUUCUUUUCUUUCUUUCUUGCUUUCUUUCUGUCUCUCUGUCUGUGUGUCUGUCUGUCUGUCUCUCUCUUUCUUUUUCUCUCUCAAUCAACAUUGGAAAAACUGGAAUCAAUAUUGAUUGCAAGGCAGAAGAGGGGUGAGGGCUAGGCAUGGGAGUUAAGUGACUUGCCCAAGGUCACACAGCUAGGAAGUGCCCAAGUACAAAGUUGAACCCAGACUUCUUGACUGCAAGUGUGGCUAUCUAUCCACUGUGCGACCUAGUUGCCCUCACACCUGAGUUUUUGAGGGCCUCAGUUUCUUCAUCUUUAAGACAUUAAGGAAGGAUUAGAUAAUUCCCAAAGGUCCUUCAGCCCUAAAUUCUAUGUAUCAGGCAUGGGUUCUGGACCUUGUGCUGCCGUUUUCUAGUCAUAUGACUUUAGAUAGGCCAUUUCUCCAGGCCUUAGUUUUUUCACCUGUAAUGGAGGGAUAAUUCCAUAUGCCCUGCCUGUCUCACAAUGCUGUGGAGAUCAAAUGAGAUUAUGAAUGUGAAAGUACUUUAUAUAUGUCAAAGUGUCAUACAAAUAUAAAUCAGUUAGUAAAUAAAUAUUAAUUAAGCUCCUUCUUUGUGCUAGGCACCAUGCUGAGCCCUGGAAAUGCAGAGACAAAUAAAAAUAAACAUAGUUCCUCCCCUCAAGGAGCUUGUAAUCUAAUUUUAUUGUUGUUCAGUCGUUCCAGACAUGUCCAACUUUUUGUGAUCUCAUUUUGGAGUUUUCUUAGCCAAGAUACUGGAGUAUUUUGUCAUUCCUUCUCCACUUUACAGAUGAGAAAAUUGAGGCAAAUCAGGUUAAGUGACUUGCCCAGGGUCAGACAGUAAGUGUCUGAGGCCAGAUUUUAACUCAGUCUAAAAGGGAAAGACAAAUCUCUGCUCUCAAGGAAUUUAUAAUCUAAUGCGGAAAGACAAAAAAAGAAGCUAAAAAAGGGAACUGUAGAAAGGAAAGGGGGAGAAGGGAGAGUACCCAGAAAGGGAGCUUGAUGAAAUCCUAAAGCAGAGCAAUUGGUAAGAAAUGGAGAGAGAAUUGGAGCCCCUUCCUUUAGCAGAGGCCCUGGAGCCCGAGGUUUGGCCCUCCAAUUAGAGGGUGUGAUCAGAGGGGCAAACGGUCCUGAUGAGAUGGGAGCACCAGGCAGAUUGCAAUCUUGUAGAAUGAAGAGGUUUCCCAGUGAUGAGGUUAUAUACUUUAUAAGCAGCAAAGUAUUAGGUAUUGUUAUAAGGUAUUAUUAAGUGGGGCCAAAAAUCCCCCUCCCUGGGCUAUCUUCUCUCCUAUAGUGCCUGAGAUGUCCACGAUGGGCUGGCACAGGGGAGGCUGAGGCUGGUGGCUCUUUUGAGUUCCAGGAUUCUGAGCUGCUGUAGAACUAAAGCCAAAAGGGUGUCCAUAUUAAAUCUGGCACAAAUAUAAUGAGUCCUGGAAGCAGAGGGCCAUUGGCCACCUAAAAAGAGCCUAAUUGGGUCAGAUCAAAAAAAAGAAGAGAUAAAAGCUUCUUGUGUUGAUCAAAAAUGGGAUCUCGCCAACGGUUGGCCAUUGACCUUCCAGCCAAGGUGAGAUGGGGAGACCUAGUUUCCAAAAAAGAAAA